AUGCCCAGUUCCUCUUCCUCUAAUAAUUCCAACCCAUUCGCACCUCGAACUGGUACCCCGGCCUCAAGAACGACCGGUAGCCCUAGGUUUUUUCAAAGGUUGUUGAACACUCCUCUUGUUCCUUAUCGAUUGUCUCGAUCGUUGUCUCGAUCCCCUUCCCCGAAUCCCAACCCCGCCAACCCCCCUGCCGCCGUCACCCCUGUCCCCGCCAUGGGAGAUCGACGCUUUGGACGUCCCCGUAGUCCCGAACCGCCUGUUCGAGACGAUGAUGGGUUGUAUCGCAUUCCGGUCGAGGAGAGAGAGAACUUCGAUGAGUUCAGGAGGUUGCAGGAGGCGGAAAGGAACUUCGAUGCGGCCUUCGAACUCCGAGCCCUUCUCAAGUGGCCUAGGGAUCUCGACAACUUUGAACUCGAGAUCAAGGUUCAUCCGUUCCACUUCCAGACCUUCGACCACUGGAAGGUCUCGUACAAGAAGGCCGUCAAGCUCUCGAAGGAGGCUCAAGAGGCCGCCCGAGUCGGGGACCGAGCUCCGACUUCUCCCUCCAAGAACGUCCGCCGAUUCUUGAAGGCCAACCCCGCCGAGCCGCCCGGCCCUCCGACUCUCGGCAACGAUCCCAAAAUUCCUUUGGGAAGGACGACUACGGGAGCGUACAUCGGCUGUGUCUUUACUACGGUCGACAAAGGCGGGAAGGACCAGGGUCCGACCAAGAGGGACGAUGCGACGAUCGCCAGGUUGAUCGCCGACGAGGACGAGCUUCCUCCCCUCCCUAGGGAGGUUCCCCACGCCAUGCUCGCUAACCUGUUGAGGCCGACUCGGGCCGGAACGAUCAAGACCGGUUUGGUCAACGACUGGUUGAAGAACUAUCAGGGAGGGUGGAGGCUAUCGUGCGUCGCUUGCAAGAUGGCCUACCCCAACAACGAGCCCCCCAUCUACCAAGGUCCCGACCAAAGGAUCGAUCCCGACGCCGACUCGUCCUUUACCCGGCACCAUCUUCCCCUUAUUCACUGCGUGAAAUACGGACAGGUGUAUCUCUGCCGCGGAGUCAUCGGAUCGACCAAGGAGUCCGACAACGCCGCCCCUUCUGUCGGGAACUGUGGAUCGUGCCAGGGGUCCAAGGGAGGUUGCCGCCCUCUCGAUGUCUUGAAGCCCGACGCCGCUACCGACGCUCGGAUCCAUCCGAUGGUCCGGAUCUUGAACAUCCUCUCGGUGAUCGCUACCAUGGGUCAGAUGAACAAGGAGACUCGCCAGAUCUACGUCGACCGGAUCGUCACCAUCUUGCAGCACGAGAACUGCCACGCCCGGUUCGACGAGAAGGGUCACAAGAUGGUCGAGCACCCCGAGUUCUUCCCCGACGAGGACGACGAGCAGGAGUAG